GCAGAAAUACAAGAGCGCCUCGCAGAGGCUGAAGGGGGUCCUGGAGCAGAUGGACCGGGGGGUGGUGGACCUCCAGGAGCUCCGCAGGAACCUGGAGCUCGCAGCCGCCAUGUUGGAUUCUGUCUACACCGACGAGACCAAGCGUCUGUUGGACACGGAGGACGAGCUCAGCGACUUCCAGGCGGAGUCUGUGCCCAGCGAGGUCCGUGAUUGGCUGGCCUGUACCUUCACCAGGAAGAUGGGCGUGGCCAAGCGUCGCCCCGAGGAGAAGCCGAGGUUCAGGAGCAUCGUGCACGCAGUGCAGGCUGGGAUAUUCGUAGAAAGGAUGUACAGACGGACCUCCAACAUGGCCGGUCUCACCUACCCCCCCGCGGCUCUGACAGCUCUGAAGGAAGUGGAUCACUGGUCCUUUGAUGUGUUUUCCUUCCACGAGGCGACCGGAGACCACGCUCUGAAGUUCCUGGUUUACGACCUUUUGAAUCGCUAUGACCUCAUCAACAGGUUCAGGAUCCCAGUGCAGGCUCUGGUUCAGUUCGUGGAGGCUCUGGAGAGCGGCUACAGUAAACACAGGAACCCGUAUCACAACCUGACCCACGCUGCAGACGUUACUCAGACCGCCCACUGUCUGAUGCUGCACACAGGACUGAUGCACUGGCUCAGUGAGCUGGAGAUCCUGGCGAUGGUUUUCGCUGCAGCGAUUCACGACUUUGAACACACCGGAACCACCAACAACUUCCACAUCCACACCAGGCACUGGAUAUAAUCUAACAUCUGACAUUUUUACUUUUUAACUGCUUAUGUUUAAAUGGAUAUUUUUAUUUUAACUAACUAAUAUUUAUAUUGAAAUUGGACGUUGUUCUUUAUCUUAUAAACCGUAAAUAUCUUUAUUUCAUUGUUAAUAUAACUAUAAUACUUCUUAUGUUUGGUUUGAAUAUUUUUUAUUUAUUUACUAUUUUAUUUUCAGUAAAAAACAGAGCAACUGGUGCGAAAGCCAUUUAGUAUUCCAAUUCAGAUUCUGAUUGAUAACUACGUGUGUGUGUGUGUGUGUGUGUGU